AUGUCUUUGCAAUUAGACUACAAACGCUUCCAUAGAAGAGCUCGCUACCUCGCAAACAAAUGGAAGAAUGAUCCAGAGACAUUUCAAAACGUAGACGCUAUUGCCGUCAUUAUCGGCGAUGACGACUACGAAACACCCUACGUCAAGUCGCUCACACUGCAGACCUGGCUAUUGGGCAUGCCCAUCUUUCAAUUCUUUUUGCUCAUCACACCUGAUAAAAUCACCAUGGUUUGCAGUCAAAAGAAGGCCGACAUCAUUGACACUCUCAAGCAAGGCGACAAGCAAAUCACGUUGGAUGUUAUUCGUCGAGGCAAGGUGGCAGAGGAGAAUGUGCCACUGUACGAGGACGUUAUUGAACAACUGAGAAAUAAACGUGUUGGUGUCUUUUCAAAGGAUAAAUUCAAGGGCAAAAACAUUGAUGAGUGGAGCAAGGCGUGUGCCAAAUACAACAAGGAGUACGAGGAAGUGGAUGUGUCUGGAGCUGUGGCUACCUGUCUGGCUGAAAAGGACGAGGAGGAAGUGAGAUAUGUCAAAACCGCAGCCAAGAUCAGUUCCAACAUGAUGCAGUAUUACUUCACCACUGAGAUGUCCACCUACAUUGACGAGGAGAAGCCCAUUACCAAUGAAAAGCUGAGUGAAUUGACAGAGAACGCCUUGGAAGACCCCAAGAUGGCAAAGCGUAUCCGCUUCCCAUCUGAAAUCGAGAGCAAAGACGAGAUUGACUGGUGCUAUUCACCCAUUGUGCAGAGUGGCGGCAAAUUCGACCUGAGGUCAUCGGCCCAAUCCAAUUCAGACAAACUCUAUCCCGGCACCAUCAUCUGUAGCUUGGGUGUGCGCUACAAAUAUUACUGCUCCAACAUUGCUCGCACAUUCCUGAUUGAUCCCAGCAAGACGCAAGAGAAGAAUUACGAGUUUUUGAUGGAAGUGCAGGAUCGUGUGCUGAACAGCAUCCGUGAAGGUGUCAAAAUCAAGGAUGUCUAUCAAAAGGCAGUAGCAUUGAUCAAACAGAAGCGUCCUGACCUGGAAAAGAACUUUACCAAGAAUGUGGGCUUCGGUAUGGGCAUUGAGUUCCGUGAGCCAAACUAUGUCUUGAGCGGCAAGAACGCGCGUGAACUCAAGAAUGGCAUGAUCCUUAACGUGCAAGUCGGCUUUGCUGAUCUGGAGAACCCCAAAUCAAACGAUCCUCGAGGUCAGAAAUACGCGCUCAUGCUGACAGACACAGUGCGUGUUACUAGCGACUCCAACAUUGUCUUGACAGCAGACUGCAGCAAGAAACUAAACAAGAUCUCUUACUUUUUUGAUGAUGAGGAAGACGGUGAUAAAGAGGAUGAUACUCAAGAGUCCACCAAGAACCCUGCUGCUACGGGCCCUGCUGCUACUGUCAAGCGUGAAUCUGCUAUUGCUAAAUCUGCCAUCCUUCGCAGUAAACUCAGAAACGAAGAUCAAGAGGAAGAAUCGCGUGAGCAGAAGCGUAAAGAGCACCAAAAGCAACUGUUUGCACAAAAGCUGGCUGAAGGUCUCGCCAAAUUCUCUGAAUCCUCGGGCAAUGGCGAGGGCGAAGAGAAGCCCGUGUUCCGCAAGUUUGAGAGUUAUCGUUCUGAAGCUAAACUGCCUCGUGAAGUCAAGGGUCUCAAGAUUGUCAUUGAUAAAAAGCAUGAUUCCAUCAUUCUUCCCAUCUACGGCAUGGCUGUUCCCUUCCACAUCUCCACGCUCAAGAACGCUAGUAAGAGUGACGAGGGUGAGUAUGUCAUGCUGCGUCUCAACUUCUUGACACCUGGUCAAGCGGGCGGUAAGCGAGAAGACAUGCCUUUUGACGAUGCCAAUGCCACCUUUGUGCGUGCUUUGACCUUCAGAAGUGCUGACACGUAUCGCAUGGGCGAGAUCUUCAAGAGCAUCACAGACAUGAAGAAGGCCGCUUCCAAGAAAGAAGCCGAGCGUCGUGAAAUGGCGGAUGUGGUGGAACAAGACAACCUGAUCAUGGUCAAGGGCCGUCGUCCUCUGCGUCUUCAAGAAGUUAAUGUGCGUCCUCAGACUGAAUCCAAGCGUCUGCCUGGUGAAUUGGAAAUCCAUCAAAACGGUGUGCGCUAUCAAUCUAUUCGCUCUGACUCGUCGUUCAACGUGCUGUUCAGCAACAUCAAGCAUCUGUUCUUCCAGCCCUGUGAUAACGAAUUGUUGGUAUUGAUCCACAUCCACUUCAAGAACCCCAUCAUGAUUGGCAAAAAGAAGACCAACGACAUUCAGUUCUACCGCGAGGCAUCCGACAUUCAGUACGAUGAAACUGGCAACAAGAGACGCAACCGACACUAUGGUGACGAAGAUGAACUAGAGUCCGAGCAAGAGGAGCGUCGUCGCAGAGCCAACCUCAACAAGGAGUUCAAGUCGUUUGCCGAGAAGAUUGCAGAGGCCAGUGAUGGUCGCAUUGAGCUGGAUAUUCCCUUUAGAGAGCUUGGUUUCCAAGGUGUGCCCAACAGAUCCAACGUCUUGCUGCAGCCCACCACCGAUUGUCUUGUGCACUUGUCUGAUCCUCCUUUCCUGGUUAUCUCCUUGAACGAGGUCGAAUUGGCUCAUCUGGAACGUGUGCAGUUUGGUCUCAAGAAUUUCGAUAUGGUGUUCGUCUUUAAAGACUAUCAUCGCACACCCAUCCACAUCAAUACCAUCCCCAUGUCGCAAUUGGACAACGUCAAAGACUGGCUGGAUUCCGUUGAGGUGGCCUUCACAGAGGGUCCUGUCAACUUGAACUGGAGCAUGAUUAUGAAGACGGUGAAUGAUGAUACUGGCGAGUUCUAUCGUAAUGGUGGAUGGAAUUUCCUUGGUACUGGCAGUGAUGACGAAGGUGAUGGCAUGGACUCUGAAUCAGGCAGUGAAUUUGAAAUGAGUGUAGACGAGUUUGAUGAAAGCUCUAGUGAUGAUGACGAAAGCGAAGCCAAUUCUGCUUCUGAGGAAGAGGACGAGGAUGAAGAUAUGUCUGAUUCUGGUGAAGAUUGGGAUGAAUUAGAGGAUAAAGCACGACAAGCUGAUGAGCGCAAGGCAAAACGUGGCAAUGAUUACGACGAUGACGCCCCUGCUAGAAAGAAGCACAGACGUUAA